GUAUGCUCAGAGUGCUGCUUCCGGUCCACGACCACGCCCAAGGCUUGAAAAGCGGAAGUGAGUGGAACUGCCGGGUUCCAGACCUUUUCAUCUCGGUGGUACCUGAGAAGAUUUGUACGUUUUCCGGUCUCUACCCGGAAGUUGUUAUCAGCAUGGCAGCCUCCAGCGAGUCUGAGGUCGAGUCCGAGAUAGAGACCGUGGCUCCCCGGAAGCGGGACACUCCGGAAGACAUAGUGUUGGAGGCUCCGGCCAACGGGCUGGCUUUUCACCCGGCUCGGAACCUCCUGGCCGCGGGGGACGUGGACGGGGACGUGUUCGUCUUUGAAUAUUCCUGUUGGGAGGGUGAAACCAAAGAGCUCUGGUCCUCAGGACACCAUCUCAAGUCCUGCCGGGACCUUGCCUUUUCCGAAGACGGACAGAAACUUAUCAGUGUUUCCAAGGAUAAAGCCAUUCAUAUCCUAGAUGUUGAGCAAGGGCGACUGGAUAAGCGAAUCUCCAAGGCUCACAGUGUACCUAUCAAUAGCUUGUUGCUAGUAGACGAGUAUCUAUUAGCUACUGGGGAUGAUGGUGGCAGUAUUCGACUCUGGGACCAGAGGAAAGAGGGUCCAAUCAUGGACUUGAAGCAACAUGAGGAAUACAUAGCAGAUAUGGCUCUGGACCCUGCUAAGAAGCUUCUUCUUACUGCCAGUGGGGAUGGUUGCCUUGGUGUCUUUAAUAUUAAACGCCAUCGAUUUGAACUUCUAUCAGAAGCACAGAGUGGGGAUUUGACCUCUGUUACACUAAUGAAGAGGGGAAAGAAAGUUGCUUGUGGCUCUAGUGAAGGGACCAUUUACCUCUUCAACUGGAAUGGUUUUGGAGCAACUAGUGACCGGUUUGCCCUGAAGGCAGAGUCAAUCGACUGCAUUGUGCCCAUCACAGACAAUUUGCUAUGCACAGCCUCUACUGAUGGGAUUAUUAGGGCAGUCAAUAUCCUGCCAAACCGAGUUGUGGGCAGUGUGGGGCAACAUGCCGGUGAACCUGUGGAGCAAUUAGCUCUCUCUCACUGUGGUAAACUUCUUGCCAGCAGUGGCCAUGACCAUAGGCUCAAAUUCUGGGAUGUGACACAGCUUCGUUCAGUGGUAGUUGAUGAUUAUCGGAAGCGCAAGAAGAAAGGUGGCCAGUUACAGGCUCUGAGCAGUAAAGCCUGGGGCAUAGAUGAUUUUUUUGCUGGACUUAAAGAGGAGGAAGACAUAGUGCCUAAUCCAGUGGAAGAAGAAAGUGAGGACAGUGACUGAGAGGAUGGUAGUGGGGAUCAUCCAAAACCUUCUGUUGCAGCUAAGUAUAUCAGCCCCCUUGCUGCUUUUUUUACAGCAGUUUUUAAAGUCUAUUUAAGGAUCUUCUAUUAGAGGAUGCUUCAAGCGUAACUGAGACCACACUGGUUCUAAGGAAGGGGGGAGGAACCUGUUAAAAAUCACCAGGCUUAGUAGUUAAACUGGACUUUUGUUCUUUUUAGUGAGCACAAAGACAGGGUGACAAAACAAUACAGAAUUCUGUACUCUUGGAUUAUAGUGUCAAGACUACUACCUGUAGUCUUCCACUUAAAAAGCUGAAAACUGAAGAACACAAUCUGCUCCAACUGGGCUCUAUCAGAAUUAAGAGAAGAGUCCUUGUAGCAGACACAGCAUGGACACAUAUAUACCAACCUCAGGCUUUUAAUUAAAGAGAAGCAAAACAGACUUGAAACUCAGCACAAAGGCAUAGAAUACCAAGGGGGGAAGGACCAACAAUGAGCAGAGGAACCAAAGAAUCGACUUAAGGUCUAACUAGCCAUCAAGGAAAAAGCUUGAGGGACAAAACCAGAACACACAUAAGGAUUAAGUGGGUGGAGAUGUAACUGGCAUAGAGGGAAGGCAAUAGGGAAUCGAGGAAGUUGUCCCUCUAGGUCAAGGCUAGUGUUCCCAGUUGUCCAACUUCAGGGCCCUGCCCUUCUUGAAAGACUAAGGGACUCUACCCUAUCUCUUUGACUGGCUAUAAACAUUCAACAGAAAGUAAACAAUAGCUUUUUUUUUUUUUAGCAGGAAAACCACCUCCACCCUGGGUUUUCAUUUCCCCUUGGCUCACCUAAUGCUUCUAAGAGGCGCAGGGACACAGCAUUCUUGGCCACUUCAUGUCCACUUGGCCCCUCCUUUGUCACAACUACCCAGAUUAGGCCACUGAAAGGCACUGGGUGACCAGGAAUCACCACUUGGUACCAGAAUCUGUGCCAGCCUGCAGGCCCCACUCCCAAGCACUUGGUGAGAAAUACAGGCAUGCCCAAGUGCUUCUGUUGGCACAGUGUCUCAAGGGUGGUCUGGGCACAGCUAGGUGGUAAUGGGGUCCCUAAUUUCUCAGGUAGGAUCCCGUGGCUUGUCUCAGGCCCCAAGCCCCGAAAUAAAGGACCUUCAGUUUGCUGUCUCAGUCGUUGCUUCAGGUCAGGCUUCAACCAUUCUACUGUCACCUGGUCUCCACAGAGCUUUGAGCGCCCUGCGGGACAGAGGACACACAGGAGUGAUGAUGGGUGUCAUUGGAAGACAACCACACCCAUGCUUAGCUUCGUAAAAUCUGCACACAACCCACCUUUUCCAACAAACACUACCUAUUCUCUAACGGAUUAUGAGGCUCAUCCACCCCCCCUCCCCCUUACAGCUCUUAAUGACAUAGAUGGCUACCCAUUUUCCUCGACCCCACCCUAACUUCAGCGUUCCUCCUACCUUCUACCAGAGCUUUCUUGGCCAUAGCUGCAGCCCGGUGGGAGCUAAACUUGAGCAGCGCAAUCUGUGUGUGUGGGUGCAUAAGGCUGGGGAGCAGCAGGGCUUCCUGCAGACCGGAGCCUAGAGGUUGCAAGGCCUGAAGCAGGGCCUGGUGGCUCAGGGCUGGGGGCAGACCAUCCAGGGUCAGCUCGCAUUUUUCGGUGCUCCGGCAGACCAGCAGCGGGCAGGCGGGUCGAAGAGGGUGAUUGUGAAGUGUGGCGAUGGCCGCCUGAGCUCCACGCCGGGAGCUGUAGCGGGCGUAGGCAAAACCUCGGUUCAGGCCACUAAAAGUCAUCAUGAGGCGAAACUCAUAAAGACGCCCCACUCGCUGGAACAGUGGAAUCAGCUGGUGCUCAUAUACAUCCUGGGGCAGGCGACCGAUGAACACCUCUGAACCUGCUGGUGGAGGGCUGCCCACCCAGCCUGGGGAGAGAGUGGUCUUUGAACUGCUGCCCCAGGUGGGCACACUAAUCCAAACCGGGGAGCCUCGAACUGGCUUUUGCUAUUAACUGGGCAUACACUCGAUUUGAACUUUACUCUGGACUGUAAAAUUUAGAAGUUUGCACUAAAUUAAAAAGUCCGUUUCAAUAUGA